AAGGUCACGUGAUCACCGAUGUUGCAUGCUGUGUGUCACUGACAAAAGGCGCUGUUGUUAGCAGAAGCUAAAGGCUAGCCGCUAGCCUCAGAGCUAACGGUCCUCAAAGCUGAGCAUGCGCACCCGAGCCGCGCGCACACGGGCUGCGGGCACGCGCACAGGUGUGUGACAGCUGCAGGAUGCCCCUCCCUCCACCUCCCCCUGCUGGCGGACCCCUGCCUACCCCAACCUCCAGCGAAGUGAACGGGCGUGGCGCCCUCCUGUCUGACAUCUGUAAAGGUACCAGGCUGAAGAAGGUGGCACAAGUGAACGACCGCAGCGCGCCGCUGCUGGAUGCCAAGAGCCCACCCCCCCACACUGACCACCCCUACAUCCGCUUGUACCAGUACCUCCACCAGCAGCAGGGGGCGCCCCCAGACAACAGCCAAGGUUGCGCUCGUUCCGCCUCCUCUCGUGCGGCGGCGCCCCUCCCACCCAACCAUCACCAUGAUGACACUCAAAACCCCUCCCCUCAGCAAAGGCGAGCCUCCUCUUCGCCCCCCCACCCCUCCGCAGGCAACUCCCCUGCCCCCCCUACCCACUCGCUUGUGAGUCGCCGUGGCAAUGCACCUUCCCCUCCCUCUUCUGCUGACAACGCAGAGAAACCCCCCCCUCCGACUCCUGGCAACACCCCCCCACCGCCCUCGCCCGGCAAUAGUAGACGGCCCCCCACCACGGGAGGAAACCCCCCCUCUGUCUCCUCUUCCCUGGCCCCUCCCCCACUGACCUACCGCCUCACCAACGUCUCACUCAGCAACAAGAGGACCGCCCCCUCGCCAGGAGGCCACACCCCCACCAGAGGUCCUGCUCCUCCACCGCCCCCUCCCUCGCCCAGUUCAUCCCAGCUGGGAGGCCACAGACCAACGCCCCCUCCAGGAAGAGCAACAGCAAGCAGAGAGGCUCCGCCUCCUCCUCCGUGCAGAGCACCGGGUAGCCCCUCCCUCUCCUCUGACCCCCCCACAAGGGGGAAGCCUCCUCCCCCGCCUACUCGCACCCCAGCUGCUCCUCCCCCGCCUCCCCCUCCUCUCCGCCAUGGACACGCCUCCUCGCCAUCCGUCACGUCCUCAUUGAUUGAGGACUUUGAAUCCAAAUAUAUGUUUCAUCCGCUGGAUGACUUCCCGCCGCCAGACGAGUACCGCCACUUCACCAAGAUCUACCCCAGCAAGGCCUACAGAGCCAUGAGAGGGGCACCUCCGCUGCCACCCGUGGGAAGGUGAAGCGACAGGACGACACACACGCGCUUGGCUGCAAUGAUAUCACCACUGAAGGCUUCAUCAUCUCAUCAGUGCUCAGUAUGAGUCCUCUUUGAUCAUGUGACUGCUUUGGCAUUAUAAGACAAAUAUGGAAGAUCCUUUAUUUUGAAAGGUGUGACGUGACGGUUGUCACGUGGCUGAAGUUGUUGUGAAGUCGUGUUAUGAUGUGUAGUCACAAAUAAACAACCCCGCAUUACCGUUUGUGGACACAUGGGGGCGCAGCAGGAUUUAAGCAGUUGUCUUAAAUCCAACUUCCUUUUCCGGAAGCUGGACGUCACCGGAAGUCAUUCGUCGCACGUGCGCAAACACCGGCGGUAGAGAAGCCGAGCGACGACAUUUUGGAGUUUUCCAAGCAAAACCAUCGUUUAAAAAACAAAACAAAAACUACAACCAGGAAGAGGAGGACGAGUCGGAUUAUACAACAGUUUGUCAUUUCAAAUGUCAGUUUUUCCAUAUGCCAGCACCCCUCCACAGUCCGACAGGCUGCUGUUUCAACACAGACACUUGGAUCUACUGUAUGCUCGUAUUCAAUGUAAACAGUACUGUAUGUACAGACACUAGUAUAGUGUCAGACUAUUUUUAGCCAUGUUAUUAUGUUGGCAUUCAUUCAAAUAACACCACCACAACUACUACUAUAAUAAUAAUAGUAAAUAUUUUUUUAUUAUAAUAUAAUUAAAAAUGUAUUUCUUUUGA